ACGAGCCUGCGUCAUACUUUCAACUUAUUUUCCUUCUUACUAUCCCAAUGUAAUCUCAGCCUCGUAAAUAUUAAAUUAUCCGUUGACCAGAAGGCGGAAAAUGAAAUGGGAGUGCUACUGCAACGCGGAAUUUUCUGAUUAUUCUCACACCGGCACGCGGAUAAUUUGACUGGGACCGGACCACCAGGGAUUAUUCUCAAGGGACUGGAGCCGAAAGAAUCAAGUAGAGGAGUUUUAUGAACAUUUUUCGUUUGCCAAUAUUUAAUUUUAAACAUUUUCCACUGGAGUAUUAUCUACACGCUGUCCAUUCUCCAUCAGGGAGGAAUUUGUUUCUGGGUUUUAUGCAGCGCGCGGUAUGUGUGCUCGUGUCACCUCGAGACAAUCCUUCACUCACGAGUCAAGAUGAUGAAGCAGCAGGUGCUCGCGCUCAGCGCGGUUAUAUUUCUCGGUCUACCUCAACCAGCCACUUUACAAACACAAGAAGUUUGCACUGGCACUAAGAAUGCACUGAGCUCCACAGGCACUCCUGCACAACACUACAAUAACCUGAAGGAGCGCUACACCGGAUGUGAGAUUGUCAUGGGCAACCUUGAGAUCACACAGAUGGAGAUGAACCUGGAUUUCUCCUUUCUUGGAAGCAUCAGAGAGGUGACAGGCUACAUCCUCAUUGCUAUGAACCAGUUCGACAGGCUGCCUCUGGACCAGCUCAGAGUGAUUCGUGGAAGCAGUCUUUAUGAGAAGGAAUGGGCCCUUUCAGUCUUCCAUAACUUCGAAGGCCAAUAUGGCUUGGAGGAUCUGGGCCUCACCAAUCUCACAGAGAUCUUGGAAGGGGGGGUACAGAUCGUCCAGAACAGGAACCUAAGUUAUGCUCCCUGGAUCAACUGGCUGGACAUUGUCAGAGACAGUAGUGCUCGCAUUGAGAUCCAGAACAAUGGAGACAGAGGUUUCUGUUACGCUGCAUGUGAAGGGUUCUGCUGGGGUCCAAGCAAAGAUCAGUGCCAGAAAUUGACAAAAACAGUGUGUGCGCCCCAGUGCCAUGGCCACUGUUUUGGGACCAAUCCCAAUGAGUGCUGCCACACGGAGUGUGCUGGAGGCUGCAUUGGACCAAGGGACACUGACUGCUUUGCCUGUCGGCAUGUCAAUCACUCAGGUGCCUGUGUCCCUCACUGCCCUUGGCCUCUUGUGUAUAACCAACAGACCUAUCAGCUGGAGCCCAACUCUGAAGCCAAGUAUCAGUUUGGUUCAAUCUGUGUAACCAAAUGUCCUGCACACUUUGUUGUGGAUGGCAGUGCAUGUGUGAGCAGCUGCCCUCCUGGUAAAAUGGAAAAAGAGAAAAAUGGGAAUAAACAGUGUGAGCCUUGCAUUGGCCUCUGUCCCAAAGUAUGUGAGGGCACUGGUGCCAAUCACAGACAGACUGUGGACUCCAGUAACAUAGAGAGCUUUAUCAACUGUACCAAGAUACAAGGAAGUCUACAUUUUAUGAUCUUAGGUAUCAAAGGAGACGUCUAUCAUAACAUACCACCUUUGGAGCCUGAAAAACUCAAGGUGUUUACCACUGUCAGAGAAAUUACUGGAAUUUUGAAUAUUCAGUCUUGGCCCGAUGAGCUCAGCGACCUAUCUGUUUUCUCCAGUCUCACAACCAUUCAGGGAAGAUCUCUGCACAAGCCCUUCUCUUUGUUGGUGAUGAAGAUUCCCUUGCUUACAUCACUGGGACUGAGUUCCUUGCGUGAGAUCAGUGAUGGCAGUGUAUACAUCAGUAACAACAUAAACCUGUGUUAUCACCACACCAUCGAAUGGAGCCACAUCUUCACCGGUAGCCGCCGGCAGCGCAGACGAAACAACAACGACAUCAAAGAUAACAAACCCCAGAGCCAGUGUGAGGCAGAGGGCCAUAUAUGUGACCCAUUGUGUUCAGAUGCAGGAUGCUGGGGGCCUGGUCCAGAACAGUGUUUAUCAUGCAGGAAUCAUAGUCGACACGGCACCUGUGUGUCCCACUGCAACCUCUUCUCCAGCGAGCUACGGGAAUUUUCAGCACCAAACGGAGAGUGCCUUGCUUGUCACCCUGAGUGUCGACCUCAAAAUGGGAGACAAACAUGCCAAGGAGAAGGUGCUGAUCAGUGUGUGGCUUGUUUAAACUUGAUGGAUGGUCCCCACUGUGUUUCCACCUGUCCUAAUGGAGUUAAUGGAGAAAAGGGUCAGACAAUAUUUAAAUACCCUAAUGCAGUAGGUCACUGUGAGCCCUGUCACCACAACUGCUCGAGAGGAUGCACAGGCCCAGCACUCAAUGACUGUGUAGAUACAGACAGACUUGUGAACAGCUCUCAUAUUGCAGGCAUAGCAGUUGCUGUAUUUGCUGGUAUCAUUGUGCUCCUAGCUGUGUUUGUGCUUGGUGUGCUGUAUCACAGAGGCCUGGCAAUCCGCCACAAAAGAGCACUAAGGAGGUACCUGGAGAGUGGUGAGAGCAUGGAGCCGCUGGAUCCAGGAGAGAAAGGGACAAAAGUUCACGCUCGCAUUCUAAAAGCACAAGAUCUGCGAAAGGGCAAGCUUCUGGGCUACGGAGUCUUUGGCACUGUGAAUAAGGGUUUUUGGAUUCCUGAAGGAGACUCUUUAAAAAUCCCUGUGGCUAUAAAGACAAUCCAAGACCACAGUGGUCGGCAGACCUUCACAGAGAUUACUGAUCACAUGCUUGCAAUGGGAAGCCUGGACCACCCUUAUAUAGUGCGUCUCCUUGGGAUCUGUCCAGGGACAAGCCUCCAGCUGGUUACCCAGAUCAGCCCUAACGGAUGCUUGCUGCAGCACCUUCGCCAACACAAAGACAACCUGGACCCCCAGCGUCUGCUCAACUGGUGUGUGCAGAUCGCUAAGGGCAUGUAUUAUCUUGAGGAGCACUGCAUGGUUCAUAGGAAUCUUGCGGCACGAAACGUGCUCCUGAAGAGUGACUACAUUGUGCAGAUCUCAGACUUUGGGGUUGCAGACCUGCUCUAUCCAGAUGAUAAGAAAUAUGUGUACAGUGAACACAAGAUGCCAAUAAAAUGGAUGGCAUUAGAGAGUAUCCUCUUCAGGAGAUAUACACAUCAGAGUGACGUGUGGAGCUAUGGGGUGACAGUAUGGGAAAUGAUGUCACAUGGAGCUGAGCCAUAUACAGCCAUGCAUCCACAUGAUGUGCCGAGUUUACUGGAGAAAGGAGAGCGAUUGGCUCAACCACAGAUAUGCACAAUAGAUGUCUACAUGGUCAUGGUCAAGUGCUGGAUGAUUGAUGAGAAUGUAAGGCCUACAUUUAAAGAACUGGCUAGUGAAUUUACACGUAUGGCAAGGGAUCCACCUCGGUAUCUUGUAGUGAUGCCUUCUCAGAAUAGUAGUGGCGCCAAUGAAAGCCACCAACGGUACGUUAAAGUGCCUCAUUUAGAGGCAGGCAUGGAAGAUGAUGAUGACGAGGUUUUGGAGGAGGACUUUGCCACACCUCCCCUCCACCUGUCACCAGCUAGAAGUCAUUCUCGCCUCCGUAUGGCCUCUUACAAGGGCACCCAAGACCACAUAACUCCAGUAGGCUAUCUGCCCAUGACCCCCGGCCGAGGGGACGACCUUAGACAGGUCAGAGCCCAGAGGAGGAAGACUGGCUCAGUGAGGACCGAGUCAGAGUGCUCGGAGGGCAGAGGGACCAUCGUGGACAUGAAAAUGGUUGAACUCACUCCUCAAACAGGUAGCCUUCACAGGGGUCGCAGCCGUAUGGACAGUGCUUACAUGUCCACCAAUGUGUCUUUGGCCUCAGACCAAUUCACAGCAGGUGUGGAGGGCAUAGACGAGGAUCAUAAUGGAUAUGUGCUGCCAACAGACACCUGCAACCGAGACAGAGGUUCCAGAAGCACUCUUCUUCAUGGCAGGAAAUCAAGAGGCUCCAGGAGUGCUCUCACACCUUUAAUACCAAAAACAGACACCACACAAGAGUAUGAGCUAAUGAGUAAACAGUCUCUUCAGUUUUCUCCUUCACCCACAGAAACCAUUGAAAGUUCAGCUGUACUGAGCAAAUCAUCUUCCACUACCUCAACUUAUUCUUGCAGUGGCAGCAUUUUACCACAGAGGCGAGACUCUGACACAACUCAACCCGAGCAGUCCAGUAAGGGCGCCACUAUCCCUGAUGGGGACAGCCAGAAGUCUGCAUCUUGUGAGGAAAGUCCGAUUCCAACAGCAGCAUCUAAUGAAGGAAACCAGUCUGAAAGGCAUCCAUCUGAGUGCAUUGCUGAAGAAGGAGGGCCCACAGAGGAGAGGCAGCCACAAGAGGCAGUAGUGGAGUAUGAAUACAUGGACAUACAUACAGAGCCUGUGCCAGAACGCCAGCAAAACACUGUAGGGGAGAGUGCAGCGAACUCAGGUGAGAGGGUAAGGAAUCCAGAGGAGCUGGAGUGUGGCAUCAGAGAAGCAGUUUACCAAAAUGUCAGUGAGCUGCCUAGGUUGAGAGCAACACUGGGUACGAGACAUCAGGGAAAUGAAGAUUCUGAUGGCUUUUUAAGGAAUAAUGAGUAUGUGGACAUGGAGGCAUCAGGGAGAACUAACUCUGAUGGAGAUCAGGCAGAGUAUCAGAACAUUCCGGUAAAGGGAAUGCCAGUUGUGGGUGAAGAGUGUCAAAGGACUGGUCUUAGAUCCUACAUGAAAGUGUGCACUGGAGUGGAGGAGCAAACCACUUCAUUUGAUAACCCAGACUACUGGCACAGUAGACUAUUCCACAAGCAGGAUGCUGUAUGCACAUAAUUACUGAAGUACAAAUGUCAGUUGACUAACACAAACAAGGUGAUGAAUGAACAAUGGAAACAGACAGGACUGGGAUACCCAGCAAUUAUCUUAGGACAGCCACGGGCCGUGCAUUUUAAGUCUAGGCCUUCAGUGUGAUUCAUGCCAUUAAGAAAACACAGUUUCACAAUGAAUAAGACACCCUAUGCCUUUGGACAUCAUAUAUUAUGUCGCAGCUAACUAGUAAUACUAAUUUACAUUUUAAAAACACAUCCACGCACGAAAGCCAGAACUUGAAAUGACACUUAAUGCUCAAGCAAGCCUAAUUUUAACUGCAGCAUGACUUUUUUGUGAAAUGAACGUCUCCCAAACAGACAUUCAAAAAUCAUAAUUUUUCUUAUGAAUCUACCAAGGAGGUCUAUAAUACCUGGGAAAAUCUAUCUAAUAAUACUUGCGAUUUAAAUGUUGCUUGCAAUAAAUUUUGUUUUGUCAGGGUACACGGUUAUGCUGCAUUCCAUUCAAGUUGGAUGUGGGAUAUUUCAACUUGAUAUCUCCGACCAUAAAUGCAUUCCAUUCCCCGAUAUUCAGAACUGCAACGCUCCCGUUAGCUUAGCAGGGGUUUGACUCUCAUUAGAGAUGUCUCCUAGCAACCCAACUGAUAAACAAUGCUGCAGCGCUAGCAUUUGUGCUACAGGUGUAUGAUUAUCAAAAGAGAUUUUAAUGUUUUAUACACCUGUUUCUGCAGGCGUUUGUUAAACAAGCUUUAAUAUCAUGUAAUGUGGAAACGAACUCAUUUAUUGAUAUUACUUAAUAAAGUGAAUGUUUAUCACUUUGUAUAUCUCCCUGAGUGUCGACAUGUUUGUGUGACAUCAUGCCCCUGCAUCUCAGCGAAAUCGGAGUUGAGAAUUUCUGCACGAGCCAACAAGUUGUAAUUCUGACUUCAAGAUGCAUUCCGUUGCACUUUUCCUAGUAGGAAGUUGUACAAUCCGACAUUCUGAGUUGAAUGUAACGCAGCGCUACUUUUCAUAACUUGAUCCAACACUGAAUUCUCAAGCAGCCUAAUUUACACUUGGAAAACUCCUGAUGUUGCUAUAACAAUGCAAAAAGCACUUACCAAUUUACUUAAAGUGAAAAUCAGUCCUCCUUUCCUGUUUAAUAAAUUAAGCAAUCACACAGUCAUGCAGAACAUCUCGUGUUUUUAAAUCCGUAAGGAUCUCUUUCUCAAUGGUGAUAGUGGCAGUAAUGACAGUCGACUCAUCAGCAAGAUCUCGUGCUCUUCACUUUCAAUUUAUGUACAUCACUUAAAGCGUGAUUGCCUCACUCAAGGCCAGCUAGAAGGCCUCGACCGGGACAUAUCCUAAAGAUCACACCCACCAAGAACAAAUAAAUAAAUCUGAUUGGCUGAUGAAUCUGACAGUCUGACUUUAGUUGCUCAUUCAUUUGCACUGUUGAGGGAUUCUGUAGAAAUUCUGAAGGCCUGACCGGGUGGAGCUCAGACUCAAAUGCUGCUUCGGGCAUGUGAUUUGUGAAACAGUUGUCGCACUUUGCUUGUAAGCAUCAAGGAAUAAAUUCUGACUUGAUACAAUUUAAAUUUUUCUCUAUUUGUUUGUAAAUUAAUUAAGAGUGGAAAGUGAUUAAAAAUACAGGCAAAAAGGUGAUUGAGAAUGAAAAGAUGAAAAAUAUUUAUUUAUUUGGCAUGUUAGGCCAGCAGAGAAGGCUUUGCUGGCCCUGAGAAUUCACCAGUGUCUCAGGACAUACUGUAUAUCUAUGCUAACAUGUGUUGGUCCAUUGCCAGUGAAGUAAAAUGCUAUAGGCUCAUUCAUUAUAGUAUAAAAUUACUUGUAUUGGCAAAGAUUGGCCUACCUCCUCUUGUUUGUCUAUGAAGUCCAACUCCUAUGAUUUUAUAAGAUAAUGAUUUUUUUUACUCAAAGAGAAACCAUUGUAUGGAAAAUGCUCUUGUAUUUUAAUUUUAUCAGUAAAUAAAAUAAUCUUUCCUAGUAUUACAGAAGGUUUACUAAAGUGGUUGUCUCUUCAAUAGUUUCAGGGACAGGUACAAAGAAAUGUAGGGGAGCAAUGCCCACCCCCUCACACAGACCUAACCAUGCUGACAUCAACCAGCAGUUCCAAAACUUUUCAGAGCACGUACAUUCUUGUCUACUAGACUACUAGAAUAAUUCUGGGGUUUUCAAACAGUCUGGGACCCCCAAGGGGCUGCAAGGGGGUUUAUAAUUAUUAUUAUUUUUAAAAAGAGUAAAAAGGUUAAUAAUGACCAAAUUUGACAAAUUAUUAAUAUUGAAUUCUGCUUUUUGAAGGCUGGUCGAAAAUCAUGAUAUUAAAUGUUAUUCACACCAACUGAAAUAAAAACAAAUCUGCAUAUAGUUUUGUACAAAUACAGAAUUUUUGUUUAUCUCUCCUUCCUUGGAAAGUACACUU